AUGGCUAGAUCACCGAUAUUGAAACGUACUAUAUCUUUUGGUUAUCCUCAAACUAUAAAUGAUCGCGAGAUUUCAAUGGAAAAAUCAUCAUUAUCAUCAUCAUCUUCUUUGCUCAUAGAAGAUCAAAUAAAAAUUCUUGAUGAAACACUUUCUGAAAAUGGCAAGACACUUAUUCAAGAGUUACUCCAAUCUAAUAAAAAUCUUAAAAAAGAAAUUCAUGAUAUUAAUCAACAAUUAAAAUAUACUAUUAAAAUAAAUGAAAAAUAUGUUGAUCAAGCAUAUAACAUGACAAAUAAUACGAAAAGAAAUAAAAUGACGAAUGAUUCCAAUAAUUCAAUUUAUUCUGAUAAAUUACGAAAAUUAGAAAAAUAUAAAAUGAAAGCAUUAAUGUAUAAACAACAAUAUGAAUUAUAUCAAGACACCAUGAAUAAUCUUCAAAAAACAAAUCAAACAAUGGAAGAACAAUUUGAAAAAUUACACAACAUAGAACAACAACAACAAAAACAAAUUGGUUCUCAACAGUACCCAAGUCUUUCUAUCGAUCAUCGUUUUAUUCAUAAACUAUUUCAUUUAUGUCUUCAACAUUCAACAAACUCUUCAAAAUCAAGAACAACAAUUCCUUCUCAUCAAGACAUGAAAACAUAUAUACAACAAACAUUUAAUUAUUUAAUAAAAGAAUCAUUUAAAAUAAAUUCUAAUAAAACAAAUCAUUUUACUUGUAAAUGUUCAGAUCAUAUUGAUCCUAAUCAUAAACCAAGUUAUCAAUAUUGUCUAAAUAUUGUUGAACAAUAUCAAACAUUAUUUGACAUAAAAUGUUUUCAACAAAUAUCAACAUCACUUAUUGAUUUAUAUGAGAAACAUGGAGAAUUAGAUAAUUUUAUUUGUACUGUUUCAACUACAUUAGGUGUUAAUAACAAAAAUCACAAAUUAUUAAUUAAAACUUUAGAAAAGAUAAUUGAAGAUUCGACAUCAGAUAAAAUGUUUACAUUUAAAAAAUUAAACAAAAUAAAAUAUAUGAAUGAAGCAAUGAGAAAAAUUCAUUUUCAUGAUAAUAAUAUGUCUAAUUAUCAUCAAUUUAUUGAAGAAUUAGCUAAUUUACUUGAAGUAUCAAAAGUUGAUCAAAUAAUUCCAGCUAUUAAAACACUUAAAUUACUUGCACAUGUUGAUAUUGAACAACAGUCUAGUUAUUUAUCACGUAUAUCAUCGAUGGAUGUACUUAAUCACACAUAUUCAAAUUCACUUCGAACAAACCCGUCUAGUUAUACUAAUGAACAAUCGACUGAAAAACAAAUUAAAUGA